CGAGUGGAAGCGAGAGGAACACAUACACAGAAAGCGGAGCGCAGAUCAGAGCGGACCGUGCGGGCAGAGAUGUGGCAGUUUGUAGUUUUUUCUUUGUAAAUAAGUCGCUGUGCGCUGUUAUAAUCCGCGCUGCGAGGCUGUGUCAGGGCUGUGCGGCCUGUGUUUAAGUCGGCAACUCUCACGGAGAGACUCCGCGUCCUGUAAGUUAACGUUACAGCGGCUCUGGGCCGGGAUCUGAUCCGAGUCUACAGCUCAACAGUCCGGGUCUCGGACCUGCUCUCCGCCGCGGGCUGCCCGGGCUCGGAGCUCUGAGCUCGGCCUGUGCGGAUUGAGAUAGCUCGCUGGCUCCGCGCCGGUGUUCAGGUUUCUAGCCAGGCUCGCCUGUUUAUGCGUCAGAUAGAUUUAGCCGCUGUCAGGCUAAGAUAGGCUAAAGCUAAGAGAAACAAUAGGCUUGUUUGUGUAGCUGAGGGUUAGCUUAGCUUAGCUUAGUUUAGCCUAGCUUUUACACAAAGCCAGUAGCAACAGCAGCAGCAGCAGCGAGCCCAGGCAGGCAGUUCCCCAGCCCGCCUCUCUCACUCACACCUAACCGGUUCUCCGCUCACCGCCGCGGGGAUGGCCCAGCACAGCGGCCCGCAUGUGGCCAGCUCCCAGAAGGCGCUGAUGCUGGAGAUGAAGAGCCUGCAGGAGGAGCCGGUGGAGGGCUUCAAGAUCACACUGGUGGACGAGGCGGACCUGUACAACUGGGAAGUGGCCAUAUUCGGCCCCCCGAACACGCUGUACGAGGGGGGAUACUUUAAGGCACGCAUCAAGUUCCCCAUCGACUACCCCUACUCCCCUCCGGCCUUCAGAUUUCUCACCAAGAUGUGGCACCCCAACAUUUAUGAGAAUGGCGAUGUGUGUAUAUCCAUCCUUCACCCUCCGGUAGACGACCCUCAGAGUGGAGAGCUGCCCUCAGAGCGGUGGAACCCCACGCAGAACGUCAGGACUAUUCUGCUGAGUGUCAUAUCGUUGCUGAACGAGCCGAACACUUUCUCUCCCGCUAACGUGGACGCCUCAGUCAUGUACCGCAAAUGGAGAGACAGCAAGGGGAAGGACCGGGAGUACGCAGAGAUCAUUCGGAAGCAGGUUCUGGCCACUAAAGCAGAAGCAGAGCGGGACGGUGUAAAGGUUCCCACCACGCUGGCGGAAUACUGCGUCCGCACGCGCGCCCCGCCCACCGACGAGGGCUCCGACUUGUUUUACGACGAUUACUAUGACGACGAGGACUUGGAGGACGAUAACGACGAGGACUGUUGCUACGACGAGGACGACUCAGGAAACGAGGAGUCGUGACACCGCCGCGGCGUCAUCGGCACCACCCACGUCCUCCUCGUCUCGCCCGCCUCCUCUUCAUCUUCACCCUGAAAAGAGUUGAAAAGCUGUCGCAUGUAUUCAUUUCACUUGGAUAGCUGUUUUUGUUGGAUUUGUUCUGUUUUGUUUGGUUCGUUUAUCCUUAAAGGAACUAUAAAAUAUGAUUUUUCUUUUUUUUUGGUGGUUAAUUUUGUUUUUGGUUGAUUAAUAGCUGGAAAAUUAAUUAUUUUCUCACUUUUUUCUCGCUUUUUUUUUUUUUUUCCCCCCCAUAAGCUUUUAAAUUCAUUGCGGUUUCAUGAGGGUUCAUUUUAAAAGUUUUAUUUCCCCCUUUUUUGUGCUUCAGAAAUCCAGGCACCUCCUGCUUUCUCAGACACAUGAAUGAAUGAAUUAAUGAAUGGAUGGAUGAACAGAUGGAUGGAUGGAUGGAUGGUUGCUUGACUGUUUUAAUGAAUAUUACUAUGGAAUGGUGAUUUACUAGCGCUUGAAUGAAAGGAAUGAUUUUUUUUUUUUUUUUUUGUAUAUUUAAUUUGAUUCUGAUUAUUCCCUCUGUGGCUUUUUUGAGUUAGGUAAGUUAGUUCUAGUCUUCUGUUCAUCCAGUUUCCUCUUCUCAGACUUAAUUAAUUUAAUUGAUCUCUCUAUGCUCCGCCCAUUAAUAAAAUGUUCUUUUAUAGCAACUGUUGCUAAGUUGGACAAGCUUUACAGAACUUUAGCUUGCAAAAAUUACAUAAGGAAUGUCGUGGCCUUCUGUCCCAAAUGUUCAGCGUACAUAACUUUUAUUUUUAUUAAAAAAAAAUCCCAAUUUAGCACAGCUAAUUACCCAAACCCACUCAUUAGGACUCCCCCUAUCACUAGUGAUGCCCCAACACACCAGGAGGGUGAAGACUAACACAUGCCUCCUCCGAUACAUGUGAAUUCAUGCAGCAUUGCCGAGCAGCAUCUCAGCGCGCUUAGAGGAAAGAGCCGUGACUCUGUUCUGAUACAUCAGCUCACAGACGCCCUGUGCUGUGGACAUCACCCUAGGAGUGAUGUGGGGAAAGAGAGAGCGCCAUCUACCCACCCGGAGGGAGCAGGGCCGGUUUUGAGUACAUCAUUUAAACUGGAAUCUCUUCACCAGUUUUAAAACUUUAAAGGCACCAAACCCUAAGAUCAGAAUUCAAGAUGGCUGCCCCACACGUUAAUAAAACAUGCAGUUUAUCAUCAUUUCUAUCAUCUAUUCGUGUCAUACAACCUUGGAAGUGAUGGUCAAACCUGUUGGGUUACAUUGUCAGCAUAGAGAGUCACCUUUUCAGGUGUUGUGUGGAAUUCUGCCCACAUGCCAGAAUCUGACUCGCUUCGAGUAUGAAAGAAUGAGAGGAACAGAUUCCACUCGGAUUACUUUAGAAAUAAGGGUUAAUCUACGUUUACAGUAGAAACAGAAUCAACAGAACUGUGAUCUGUUGUACCCGUACUGCUGGAGACCGAUUUUGUCACAACACCUCUUCUUUUAUCUUCUUCUGUGAUGUUUAAUAGGUGAUGAUAUCCUGUGACUCAACUUCCUGUAACUGGUCUGAAUCGGCCCUUUUGUUUAGGACUUAAGUUCGUGGUUAUGUUCACACCUGCUAUUUUGGGUUGGACCAAACUGGAUUAGUGUGAACACGCCCGAACACAUUCCUUAAAAAAACCCUUUGUUGUGUUGAGUUGUGUUUGGAAUGGAGCUCAGUCGUUGGUUCUGUAAAGCUUGGAACAGCGAGAACACAGUUUUUUUGUGUUUGUGGAGCUGUAGCAGGUCAGAUGGGGAGCAGGAAAAUACAAUAAAAUGCAGUUUUACCUGGUUUUUGCUUCAGAGAUGUGGCUUUAAAAUAAAAUAAAAAUGUCUGCAGGAUUGUGACCUCAGUCCUGGUCUUGGAGGGCCUUUUUAGAUUGUGGCGUUCUUGGUCGAACACAGUUCUUUGAGCUCCCAAACUAUUUUCCCAAUGUGGAAGAAUUAGGAUUCUGAUGGGAUGCUUUAAAUGGACUUGUAUUCUUUGUUUUAUUUUUCCUCCCUGAAUAGAGCUGUGUCUAAAGCCCAGGCAAAAUCUGCCUUGCUCAUUUCUCCUCUAUGUCCUAGAGAGCUGCUCUAAAGUGAAGGACCCUUUGCGUAGAGUUGAGGAGAAGUGCAGUCGACGUUCGCAGUGAUGCUGAGGUCGCAGCUGAUGUAUCCUUCAUGUGCUUUGUGUGUUUUUACCCACAAUUCUCUGCUCACACACAGCACAAAGAGGGUGAAAAAGGAAAGCAGCGGUGUGGAAAAAAUAGCUGAAAGCUAAGCCUCAAGAGUAGAAACCCCUUCUUAAAAAAAUGGUGGGAGUUAAAACUUAUAUAAUACGAAGGUGUGGAAAAAAAAAAAGAGCACCAAGAAAAUUAGGGAGUUUGGAGUUGCUUUUAAAAUAUUUUUUAUUUAUUUUUAAAUUAUUAUUAUUACAAAUAAAUCCUUGUUAGACUGUUUCAGAUGUGCAACCAACAGGCUACUGAGAACUACUGAGAGGGAGUCUCAAUAGGACAGUAGUGCCACCUUGGACUCGCCCCCUACCUUGACUGCAGCCUAGGCUUUGGAACGCAGCCGUGAAUUAGGUUUGUGCAGAGAUUUCAAGGCUAGAGAUAUACUUGCUCUCAGACGUGAGCUUCACGUAUGUAGUCUCUACGCUGUGUGUGUGUUUGUGUGUUACUGGAGCUCUCCACUAGAGGCCUCCACCUACCACAGCGCCCAGGACGCACCGUACAGAUCCAGGCAGAUGUUCUUCUUCAAAGCUUUUUUUUUUUUUUUUUUAUCACAAUGUUGGGUGUACUGCAUUCGUUUCUAAAGGUGCGCUCCAGCUCUACAGAGGGUGGAAUCAUAAAGACUUAAAGGGUAGGUAGUAGGGUGUUCACUGAUUGAUUUGUCUUUUUUUUUUUUUUCUCGUUCAGCUGAAAUGUUUUGAGUUUCGCCAAUAUUGUAUCGUCCUCUCACGAAUUUCAAUUAUUUGGCUCCUAGCUAUUUUAAUAGAGAAUGUACUUUUUUUUUUUUUUUUUGUUUGUUUCUUUCUCCGUUUUUUCUUUCGAAGACGGCGACGUAAAAAUUUCCUCGUUUUGGGGCUUUCUGGGUGAUCCUCCUGGACUUACGAAUGCUCAUGUGUUUUUGAUUUUUGUUGGAAUCUUUCGCUCAGUAAAAUGACGGCAGCGUCGGCAUCAAACCCUGUAGUUUAUUUCACGUCUUCGAGCUUCUGGAGACUGGAGAGGGCUUUCAAAUCAUCAGCAUUCCACCAUUUCCAGCCAGUUCGGCGUGAGCUCGUUUUAACUGACUCUCAGGAUAAACCAACCAGAGGGCAAAGCCCUCAAAAUCUCCCCCUGCAACUCCGACCCGACACCCUCGACCCCCCUUCUCAUCGUGAACAGCGAGUUAACCAGUCCUUCAGUUUUGUUCUCGGCGGUUGCGGCAGCGGUUUACGAUAUUAAACCUCGAUGCUGAUCAUUUUACUGACCUGUAUGUAUUUUUAUGGUUUGUUGGCCUAUUUAAAACUGAAAAUAAAAAUCUUUAUUAGAA